CUCUACAUAAAGUAUUUUUGCCAACUAUCAGUCGUCUUUCUAUACUCAGCUUAGCUACGUCUAAAUUAUUCACUGCCAUGAACUGUGACAUAAAAUUAUUCAAAUGCAGUUUUUUCAUCGGAUUAACUCUCUUAUUUUUGGUACAACAUAUUACUGCAACUAAUUGUUCCAUUGAAGUCAGUCAGAUACAACCAUCAGUAGCUUUGAGUGCAGAUGACAAUAAAGAAUACACGAUAAUUCAAAUUCCAGGUUUUAUUCAAAAAGCUACCGUUGUCAAGUGCAACCCGAAAGAAUCUUGUGAAGAAGGAGGAUCUUGUGAGCAGAAUUAUAAACUUCAUCAAUUUUUGAGUUUACCCGCUGAUAAAAGAGUUUUUGAAAUAGAUGAUCUUAAACUUCGAUUUUUUAAUUUACCAUACCAAUGUAAAUCUUGCAAAAAAGCUGAUCAACAAAGCUAACGUAAAAAACAAAUAAACCAAUGCUAAAUAAACGUUAAUGAA